GAGUUCUAAAAUUUACAGUAAUUCUGGACGUUCAUCGUAUUUUCGGGAACGAUAAUGGUUACACUUUCUGCAUGUUUUGAAGCUUUUUGAAGAAAAAGUAGCUAGCAUUUUGUAGCAAUCGAAGUUGCACCAGACAGACACCGCACUACACAUGCGUGACGUCACGCGCUGCAAUGGCUGCAGCUGUGGGAUGGAGUGUUGAGGAAGAUGGAAGUCUUUCUGUUGGUGAGCAGACGGUUGGGAUUGCUUAUCACCCAAGGCUGAAUACUGUCCUGGCAGUUACCACAGACCCUAGCAUCAAAGUUUUGGAUGUCAAUUCUGGUGUUAUUCUAAAGAAAUCGUCUUUAUCAGCUCCUGCUAACAGACAUGUAGAAUGCCGUUAUCUGAGUGGAUCAGAUCAAUUGUUCUUAACUGAUGGCUACUCUGUGGGAUUGAGGAAAGAUCUGGGUGGAGUUCUCCUGCUAGACUCUGCUCUACAAACCUCGGUCACUGACACCAACAAUGAUGUCAUGGUUGAAAUACCUUAUUCUGAGGCAAGUCAGCUUCUGGCAUGCCUCAGGAAGAACAAGAUUGCCAAUUCAGAGACUGUCAUGGAGAGUAUCGAAGAAGAAUUGGAACGUUACAAACUUCCAAAUGACCAUGCUUACCAUAAAACAACUAAGUGGGCUACUGUUCAUCUCCGCCUACCCCAUGCUACCCUCAAGAAAGUCAUCAACGCCCUUGUGGUUGAGCUAAGUCGUACCCACCAACGGGUUUCUGCUCUUCCAAUCUGUACCGCUAUCCUGGAUCGUCUUCAGAGACUCUACCCUGACGGACAGGAACCCUUGGUUGUAGGGGGAGAUAACACCAUUGAGAAGUCCCAGAUGUACAGUGAGGCUACCCGGAGACAGACAUUCGCUCAGUGGCCCCACAUGGACUACAAGUGGGCUCUCCCUGAACCUAUGGCUCAAGCUGGCUUUUACCAUCAGCCCUCUUCAAUAGGUGAUGAUAGAGCUAUGUGUUUUACCUGUAGUGUGUGCCUUGUUUGUUGGGAACCAACUGACGAACCUUGGUCAGAACAUGAGAGACACUCUCCCACUUGUCCCUUUGUGAGAGGAGAACCAACCCACAAUGUUCCUUUCUCUGUUACCCUCUCAACCGGCCCAGCUCAUUCACACAGCAAGACUGAAAAGAUAUCAUGUGUUAGUGAGGGCAACACGUCUUCUUUAAUGGCAACCUCUACCGAGUCUGGUCGUGUCUGCAUCUGGGAAGUCCACGAACAACUGAAACUAGCCACCAGAUUCAUCGUCAACCCCAAGGAUCCCAUCUUCAAAGGACAGGCACCCGUGAUCAUGGACACAGAACCAGUGAAGGCUGUUAAGCAGGCAUGGAUGACACCCGAGGUGCCGGUGUCUGGUACCAGUAGUAGCAGUAGCUCUACCAUUAGUACCUCGAGUAGUACCAGCAGUGGAAGCACCGGCCAUGUUCCUAUGAAGGAUGAACUAGCACCAGUCAAUAGCCCCAAGGGACUCCCUGAGACCUCAUCUAAGACAGACGAAUUGAAACCAGACCCUUCAGUUGAAGAAUCAGAAAGAGAAAAAGGAGCAUUUGGUUCUCUGGAGGUGAUAGAAGUGAGUGGAGCCUGGAAGAGCUCGGACAAUGAAAAGCCGGAGUGUAAUGGCCCGCUAACUGCUAAUGAAGGAAUUCCAAUGCACAAUACUGUACCUGCAGUGGGAGAUGAGGAACCCUCAGAUUCUGUUGCAGUGUCUGCUCUGGGUAUGCUCAAUGCCAGCAAACUACCAAGUAUAGCAACGAUAGGAACACCAGAUAUGUCUUUCCCUUGUCUUGUGGCUGGAGUUAGUAUACGAAAUGAAGAUCAGGAACAAACAAGUAACAGUAAAGAGGAAGUUAGAAGCAACAGUGUGAUAGAAACAGAUAAUUUCAUUGAUUUAGAUAGACCAGGAGGUGAUGAAAAUGGAGAUGAUGCUGGCACAGGUGGUGCUCCACCAAAGAAACUGAAGUUUGCUGAUGCAUAUCUUGGAGAUUCAGUUGAUGGGGAUGUCGAUGAGAAAGCAGGGAAUAAAGUGGCGUAUGUGAACUACUUGGUUGUAUACUGCAUGAUGUACAAGGGAAAGUUGUUACCGGUCGUCAAGAAGCCUGGUGAGAAAGCGUCAUCGUCCUCGGGCUUUCACAAAACGCAGAGCAUGUACUUUUCACUUUCGCAAGAGACGCAGAAGCCUUAUUUGGAUGAUGAUGAACUCGGAUACAGUGACCUUGAAGAUCCACUAAAUUUCCAGUUCUCUCCCAUGGUGAACAACAAUCCUCCACCUGUUGCAUCUGGUUCAGGGUCUGUGGUGUCAAAACAGGUGUCUAUGAGUGUGAAUGCUGUUCAGUGUGUAGAGCUCCCGGAAGCAGUGCAAACAAAUGAUUAUGUGGUAACGUCUGUCAGGACCUCCCUGGAUGAACAGUAUCUGAUGGUCGUCUUGAGUCCUCAUUCUGGGAAGAUGUUUGAGAGAGAAGCAAUAGAUGGUGGUGUGGACAAACAAGAGAAGGUAGAUCCUGUAAGUAUAAGUACAGAGUCUACAACGGAAUCAGUGCAAAAUGACUUGAACAAAGGAAGCUCUUCUUUCAUGAUGAUGAGCAAUGAAGAUUGUGGUAUAGGUGUAGACGAGGUCGAUACCGGGCCUUGCUCUUCAGGAACAGAUGAUGCUGAUUCUAGGACUAACCACCAACAUUUUGUGAAAGACGGACCUCCCAAAGCAUCAUCUGGAGGUUUUCUAGUCAUCUACAAGUUAAAGCGAGCUGGCCAGAUGAUAUCCAUCGAGAAGGAACCAUGCCAUAUACACCGGAUAGCCUCUCCCGAGGAUUCAUUGUCGUACUUGACACCUCUCCCGUCAGGGGUGACAGAUGCCAGCAGUGAUGAAGAAGAAGUAGAUCCGUACAUGGACAGCUCUACAGACAAUAUGGAUAAAGAUGAAACUGAUUCACCAUCACCACCCUCGAUAGGCAAGUGGACGGCACUAACUCAAAAUGGCCAUCUGAUUGUUUUUGAUGCUGCUUCUUUCUCAGUACUCCUGUCUAUCUUGCCAUCGCACUUUGAAUUUACGCUGACUUCCUCUGGUGCAGAAGACAAGACAAAUAGCUAUAUAGCACUUACCUAUUGUACAGGUAUGGAAAGACUCUGUGUAUGCACAGGUGGAGGGAAGAUUAGCUUUUUACAGCUAGAUGAUGGAGAAUCUUCUAUUAAAGUGAACAGUGGAGCCGAUCAAAAGGAUUCAGGGAAAACGGCAAUACUAGAUAGCAGACUGACUGCCAACAUUGACAAGUCAAGUAAAGAAUUCAUCAUCAACUCAAACCUGACCAUCUCGGCGCUUCACACGUUACAUCAGCUGACCAAAUUUGAGAUCCUGGUGCCCCGUUUCUCUGCGACCGUACCCCCCUCCUGGACAGAGAUCCAGCAAGAACAGCAACAAAGACGUCAUCCCCAGCACCUACAUCAGCGUCAGCAAGGAGAUGCCCUCCAGCAUACAAGGACUUGGAAGCUCCAACCGGAUGGAUCUACAAGUCAAGAGCAUCUAUUUGAGAUAGUCCUACCCAGAAUCUGUGCAGUUGGUCAUAUAGAUAUAAAGUUCAGUCUACUACCAUUCUGUACGGUACCUCCUGGGAUACAGGUCACUCUACUUCAACAGAGUGAAAAAUAUAGAGCAGGAGAGAAAGAAAAGAUGAACAUCAAAUCAACACCCAUUGAUGCUCAUAUCAACUUCAACAUGAACGCUGGAUCUAGUGCAAGAUCCAAGGAACCCAAAGAGCAAAAUUUAGAUCUUCCUGGUCUCCCUCCUCCGUUCCUUGGUGCUCUUGGCACAGAUGAUGCAGGUAUCGAUGAAGCCGGGCCUAGCAAUAGACAACAGCCAUCUUCCCAAGAUGGACCAUCCACUCAGUCAUCAGGUCAGCGAUCGGCUCUGACUGAAUCAUCUUUCCUUCGGAGACACAGAGAGGAUGUCCUCUGUGGUCCUUGUGGACUGGAGCUGUUUGUAGAUACACCUAGUCAUACAGGGACAGUCAUGCUGACCAGUAAAGAUCUGAUGCUCUGGAGAGGAAGAUCAUUCCUGCUGCAUAUCUGGACCAGUGAUGAGGGAAGUGCUGAGGGUGCCACCAAUGGCAGGUCCAAAGCUGCUAGUUCAGAUCAAGCAUCAUUUGUUCCUCAAUUUCACACCAAUGUGGAUCUUGCUGACCGACUGACCACUGUCCAGCUACGUAAGGACAUGGAGAAGUACACUGGAUGUGAUUGGAUACAAGAAUUGUCAAUCACAGUCUGUAAAUCAAAGAAAGUCAAUCUACCCAAAGAAAGAUUCCAAAGAGCUCUAAUGGUGGAGUCUUCCAACUUUCAUCAAGAUCUUCUGAACACAGUGAUAGCACCAAGUAGCCUAUCGUCCAAUUUGACAGAGCAUAAGCAGAAGCAGAUUCUGGCCUUUGAUGUUCUUUGUUGGGUUGCAGGGGUUCAUAUAGCAGAGCCUGAGAGACCUUCUGAUUUAGUUGAAGCUACCCAAUACAUCUUACCAGAUAUCAUCAAGAUCUGCUACUUGGAAGCUGAUAGAAGCCUUGCUCACAAGUGCAGCCGUUUCCUGGCUCUCUGCUUGGGGUGUGCAAAGAGAAAUCCAAACCCUGAUGUAGCGGCUUUGUUCCAGAAAGCUCUCCUUGACAGCCUACUGCAUUGGUUGCCAACCGUUGCUUCAGCUCCGUCCUCUGGCUCUCUGCAUUGGUUCUUUGUAAUCCUUGGUUUGGUAAAGCAAGCUGACUAUGAAGCAGUCAGUGGAGGUUGCAUGGCGAUGCUAAAAGCAGCAGCGAGACAGCUGGACGAAGCUACCCUGCCUCAGCAUGUGGUGCUUAGAGCAAAGUUUGGCUAUUAUGGGACACCCUUGGAACCAAAUCUCUUUGACGUAGAGCCACCCCGUCCCCCAUCCAAACUGGACUCUACCGGUCCUUCCACCACAUCCACCGGCACCACCACCUCCAGCUCUGUCCCUCUCCCCCAGAUAUGGACCGAGGUUGGACCUUAUGGCAGUCAUCAGGGUCUACCGGUGGUCCUGGGUGGGGGUGGUGCCUUUGAUAUCGGUGCUGAACCAGGUACCAAGGGAAUGUCCCUGAGAGCCAAGGGAUCCCUUGGAGGGAUCGUUGGAGUGGAGACCGGUGAUGGAUCACUGACAAGUGGUGGUUAUUUCAUGAAAGGUCUCCUAGAAGUUGAGCCUUUGCAUUUUGCCUGUUGUGGUAUGAGUGACGGAGCACACAUUGAGAGGAUUGGAGGUGGUAUCCACCCAGCCUCCAGUGUUCAUCCUGUCCCUCAAGGUCAAGGUGGUAAAGGCAAUACUGCACAGCCAGGUAACCCACCUACACCAGCCUACCUAGCUACUCUCACCAAUGCAAUGGCUACAGCUGAGAAACAACUCCAGAAGCUCAAAGAGAAGACCAAAGCAUUGGUUCAACUCAAGAAGUAUAACUACAUACCAGGACAGUCAUCAAAGGGCGUUGGAGAACCGAGUCCCAAGAACUCGCCUCUCUUCAUGACCCCUCCUGUAUCCCCUCCAUCUGAACCUGUAGGGCAAGCCCCUCCAGAACAACCUCCUCUGUUGUAUAGUAUACCCGAUGAUGAAUGUGGGUUACAUGGUCAACCUGGUGAAGGUUCUCAGGGAGGAAAAUCAUCUAGUAAAUCAUCUUCAAAGGAUGAUCUGAAGUUUGAGUUGGAUGAUGGUGUUCCCUCUAGUGCAUCACUGGUACGCAAUCUCCUUCAUCCUCCAUCAUCACAUAUGCUGGUCAUAGAGAGGAUGCAUUCAGGAGCAAGGAGGUAUGCUGUGCUGGACUUUGGUCGUCCGAUUGUUUUGACCGAUGUAUAUAUUCCAGCAUGCAGUGAUCUCACUUCCCUAUCAGUGGACAUAUGGACUCAGUUAGAAGAGGUGGAUGGUCAGCGCUUAGCUGUUGCAAUGGACAUUGAAUCUAGGGACCUGGUUCUCAAUGAUCUUCUACCUCCCCCUGUGUGUAGAUACUUGAAGAUUACUGUUGUAGGCAACUAUGGAAGCAACAGCCCAAAAUCUAAGGUUCCAUUGGGUACAUUCUAUGGUCAUUCCUUCAUUCACCAAGAGAUAAAGCCAAGGGAUCUCUCUGAUCCAGCACUUGUAGAACUACAGAAAGAACAGUAUGUCGGACUAGCAAUGGCAAUAUUGGAUGACAUCCAAUGUAGGUAUAGCCUUGCCACUAGCCGUCUCCAGAAGCUUCUUCAAGCCUAUGAGAGCUACCACCAGACAGAGAAUCAGAUGGAUGGCAGUUACACCCAGACACGAGAGAAGGUGGACACCAACGGGAGCAUCCGCAAGGCCUAUGUGGAGUGUGUGCAGCUUCAGCAGCAGCUGAAUGUUGUUCAGCGUACCAUCCUGCGGCUACGUCAACAGCAGUACCAGCAGCAGUAUACGAUGACCCCAAUCACCAGCCCUGCUCUAGCUGUCAAGAACACCUCGACCGAUGCGCUACGCAUCAUGUGUGAGCAUCUGUUGGAGGUGUUGCUGAGCACCACCCAAGGAGCAAUGGCCCUGCCGGUGUCCCUGUGCUGUGCCUUGGAUGCCGAGUCCUGCAAGUCAAUCUUCAGGCACCUGUGUGUCAUGGGAACACCCAGACUGAGCUUACUCACAGGAACAUUAUUGGUUAGGGUUUGUGGCUCUCGGCAAUGGUGGGGAGAGUUUCUGGCUGCUGCUCUCAAAGAAUUCUUCCAGUCAGAUCAACCUACAAUGUUCCCUCAGGAUAGGGUGUUCCUUCUCUUGACUUCACUUGGACAAACCUCCUUGGCCUCAAGCAAUGCUAGCAGUGUGUUGGAAGAUCUCCUCAGACUCCUUACUGAACUACUCUCACCUCUUCUUGGCAAUCAGUUUGUCAGCAGUUAUGGAUCACCUGAAGGAUCCCUGGAUCUACCGCUAGUCGGCUGGGUACUACUAUUCCUGUCCCGUGUAUUGGAUCACAGCAGUGGAAGCCAUGGUACUGGUCAGUCUGACAAUACCCAGGAUACUGAGGGAGGCACCACUGCUGCUGGAGCAUCAGGAGGGGCCACAGCAAUGCCCGAUAACCACGCAGAUAAAGGAGGAGCAGGGCAAGGUGGUGCUGGUGGUGGCAGCAACAGAUGGGAUUUCUUGACCAGUCAACUCCAGGCUCCGGGGAACAAUUCCCAACGCUCCCACUCCAGCGGGAGAGAUGUGGUCCGGGGUGUCAAGAAACAGGUUCAGUCCCACAAGGAUCUGCUUUAUGAUAUCAAGGGAGGCAAGAAGUCCAGUCAGGCCAAAUACGGAGAAGACUCGAAAGGGGAUCCCAUCUCUGAUUUCCACUUGAAGAAGAAACUCUAUCAUCAGGUAGCCAAGAAGUACCAUUUAGGUGUAAAGCUACCAGUAAGCUCCUAUGAGGUACGGAAUGUGCUUCGUGCAAGGAUGGCUGCCCGUAGCGCCCGAGGUCAGAAGACCGUUCAGGGAGGAUCAAGUCGAGGGACGGCUGACGGGAGUUCAAGUAGCGCCGGUGAUCUCGUAUCUACCAUCCUCCUCACCAGGGAUAAGUGUAUACCAGUGGUCCAGGGUUUAGUCCGGCUUCUACUAGCUAUGGAUUUCACCUGCCAUGUGGACCUGUUCCUUGUCACGUGCAAGGUUUUGGCUAGAAUAGCCAAUGCAACACGACCAGCCAUCACGUUAGCUGAGAUAAUGAGUCAAGAUGAAUUGAUCCAGCUUGUAUCAAGGUUUUGUAGUAGUGAAUACUGUGCUGGUAACUCUGCUUGGGGUGGUCCUUGGCCUUCACAUGCUAUUACCUGCCUCCUCUUGGAUAUCCUUGAAGGAGAGAGAUUAUACCCCUAUGUAGAGGAGCCUGCCGGCGCCAGUGGUGGAACUACAUUUACCCCUCCCAUGGGAGCAACAGGAGCUGAUCCAGACCUUAUAGCAGACUCCCUUACCAGCGGUGGAGCAGAAGCCAGUGCACCUACUGAGUCUGAGACGGAAGUCAACAAUGCAUCUGGAGGAGAGUAUGAUUCAGGUGGAAAUGGAGGAGAAGCAGAGGAGAAUGAAGGUCUAGAAGAACCACUGAUUAUUGAUGAACUGAGUGGAGAUCCAGAGAUUGUAGGAGAAGGGGGUAAUGAUCCCUUGGUAGAUAUGGAUUUGCUCUUUGGUUCAUGGAAGACCAGUGGAGGUCUCUUCGGCAACAACGCACCCAAGAAAUUAGCCCAAAAGAGUGGAGCUGGUAGCAUGGUAGACCCUGUCAAGAUCCCUACAUCAGCCCUCCUUGCUUAUGCCAAAAAGAACAGGAAAGACAAGCUGAAGAUCUUAGUCAGAGGAGAUGGAAGAGGAGAGAGCUCAGGAUCAGCUUUCACCCCAAGAAUGUCGAGCGCAGUUGAUGCAAGGUUGGACCAAGACUUGGAGAUGAGUGCAGAGUGGUUCUUGAAGAUGUCCAGUUUGAUGGAGGCAGAAACUGUAAGUCAGACCUUCACCAGUCUUCCACCUCCACCUGCCUUUGCCCCGGAAGAGAAACCAGACGUGGAGCUCUUGGACAUGGGGCAGACCGAUGAUGACUUGGCUGCAAGUAGAGCCAUGAGUGGAAGUAGUAGCAACAUUCAUCCUUCUGUGAGAUCUUCUAGGGACCUGAUAUCGACCUGCUUUCACCAUCUCUUUGCGGGACUCGAGUCGGACCGUAUCAGGUUAAAUUCAUUGCUUCAGCUGUGGCUCACAAUCAAUGAAGGAAGCAUCAGUGAUACGGAUGGAAACACAAGUCACUUCAACGAUUCUAGAGUGCCAAACUUUCCCCUGGAUAAACCAUCUAUCAGUCACUUGCUGGCCACUUUGCGGAAAGAACGCAAUCUCAGUGUGUGGACUUGGUGUCUGGCUUUCAGAGUCUUGACGGUUCAAAUUAAUACUAGGGGCUCUACCAAAGAUGCAGUGUCAGUGGCAAACUCAAUGGUCAAUGAUCCAAACAUGUUUCAUGCUCUUUUCAAGUUCUUAUCUGGUGGAUCAUUUCAGGGGCGAAGGUCUGGACACCAAGACUUUCAAGUUGGUCCAACAGUGACAUUAGCCUUUCAUCAGCUACUCCUCAGGUUACAUCUGAGGGUGUUCUCUGGACCAUCAGCAGGGGCUAAGGCUCUAAAGAACCUUCUCUUGAGGGUUGUGAGAACUCUAGUUCAACCAAGAGAGGCCAUCAGUGAAGGAGUAGGACCAUUGGAUGCUCAGAUCACCUUCUUGGAGCUUAUUCUGGAGCAGACCUUCAGCUCUACGGACCUUGGUAGCAUCGCAACAAUGGUAGAUAACAUUACUCUCCUGAUCUAUGAACAUGUCAUAGAUGGUAGCGGAGUGACCCAGCUAAGCAGCGAGAAUGGGAGUUCAUCUAGAGCCAACUUGGCUAAUGCACUUGCAGGGAAGCUCAAGGCAGGUGCAUCAAGGGUGCUGCAUAAUGAGAACAGUCGGGAAGCUUUGAUGUGUGGACUUCUACAGCUCGUCAAUGAGCUUCUGAAGAUGUCGGUGUCUCCAGACCCAUUCGGUACUUCAGUGUGGUCACCUGUAGGAGGCAGGGGAUCCUUGCACAGCGGUGGCGUGGCCUACCCGACCCCACCAACUUCCAUGAGCGAUGAUGACAAGGAGAGGACUGGGGAUGUGAGCGGUCUCUCAGCAGCAGCCAGCAGUGCUUUUGCUUCAUGGUCAGCUGCGCCUCAGUCUCAACCUUCUACUCCGCUACGAUUAGCAGAUCUUGUCCUCACCAAUAAAGAGACAGUGUCCAACCUAUUGUUUGCCCUAGGACAUUCCAGCAGUAUGGCCAUGGCAGCCAUGCUGAAUCCAGGUUUCUUCUCGCAGGGUAGUGAGCCCCUCAUGAGUACUGAACCCUUAUCGAUAGGAGACCACAUCUUCCAGAUCUUAGCUACUCUAAACAAAGAAGCAUCACAUGUCAGGAUCGUCCUGCAAGCGAUCUUGUCUUAUCUUAGCUGUGCCAAUGGAAGAAGAGGAGAGAUGCUUUCAGAACCUCUCCUGUGGUACACGCUUAGUGUUCUCAAUAGCCCUACUGCAAUGGACUCAAUGCAUGAAAUUGGUGGAAUUGAGAUCAUAUGUGCCAACUUGGUCACCAGCAGUCGAGCUAGCAUUGAUCCUAACCCAAGCAUCAUAUCUCCCAUCAUGCAACUUACCUGUCCUCCUAAGCCUCCGUCAUCGUCCAAUACCAGCAGCUCAAGUUCUAAUACCAACACUGGUUUCACCAAGAGAGGAUCAACAACCGUUGAUGAAGAAAAUGUGGAAGGCCUCACAAACUUUGCUCCAUAUGGUGUGAUUAGCUGUAGCAACAUGACGACCAGACCAGCUGAGUCAUUGCUGCUUCCAACUCUGUCUAACCGUCGUAGCAGACAGUCUUGGGCACAUACCUUCUCAUCUGAGGAGACAUGGUGUGAUCUGACCAUCACUCUACCUUCAGCAGUCGUCCUAGAAGAGAUACAUAUUCUUCCUCAUGUUACAAAUCUAGCAACAUGUCCAUCUGCGGUUUCGGUAGAGAUAAGUCCCAGUGGUUCCAGCACCAUCCCAGUUUGUCCACCCCUUGCUACCAGUGGCCUUACAUCCAUCAAGCUCAAGAUGCCCCGUCCCAUGGUCACCUCAUCAGUCUGCCUUCAGCUGAGACGACCCAGGGAGUCCACUCUGAUGGCACUGACACGGAUAAGAUUGCUUGGGACUACAGUGUUAGGUGGUGGUCAUACCGGUGGCAGCGGUGGGAUUAUAUUCUCUCAUAUGAAUGGAGUACCCAUGGUACCACCAACAGCGCCGCACAAUGUAGCUGAAGAUGAAGCGGUUAGGGGAAGCACCCGCUGGCUGAGACUCCUACACCACUGCUUAGCUGGGACAUUCCUGAGUAGCACAGUAUCAAGCAUCGCCCAGACUGCUGCUCAGACUCCUGGUCUCCUCACGACCUGUAUGGCCCUCCUAGCCUCCCCCCACUGCAGGCCAAACAGGAGGGAUAUUGAGUCUUUACUCCUUCAGCUCAGUAGGUCCAGGACUGAGGUAGGACUGACGCUGGUGGAUAUGUUCCUUCGGAACAACUACUGUUUUGGUCACGGUGAACAUGAUUCUGGAUUGGGUCUUCUAGGACGUCCAUCUAGUCUUGCUUCAGAUUCCAGUGUAGAUAUCAUUUAUCAGUUAGGAACAGGAUCAGAUCCUGGAACAAGAGAAAGAGUACAGACUCUUCUGGACUGGUUAGGAGACACAGCCCGAGUGGCCCUUCACAUGCAUAGCAGCUACCAUAGAGCACCCCGUACAUUCUCACCUAUCGAGUCAGGUCUCCUACAUCCUGCACCAAUCCAUGUUCAUUGUGUAGCCGCUGUCCUGUGGGCUACCCACUCUCAAAACAAUGUACAACAUAUGGUUAAUAUGAUCCCAACUGAACUGUUCAGUUCUAUCUAUGAAUGGUCGACUGUCCUACCAGUCAACUCGGCAUUGAAGAGAGCAGCUGAUUUUGUUUUGUGUUCAAUGUGUAUGAUUCAACCAGCGCAUUUUGAUUCUUUGCUUCAAUGGAUGGGUGUCAUGGUUGGUGGACCCGUUGAGCUUCAAGCCCCAAUCACAGAUGACAGCAAAGAAGAUGAGUUGAACAUCUUACUAACAGACGACUCUAAGGGAGCUAACCUACAACACCAGUCUCAACCAAACCUACACCUACCAACAAGCCAACCAAUCACAAGGCAGGAGUUCAGUCAUGUGAUCAUUGAUGAGGCUCAUCUAUCACUGCUAGCCCUGGCCUGUCAGUCUGAUGUUGCAACCAAGAGACUGCUGGAUUCUCAGUUCUUGGUUCUUCUCGCGGAAGCAUUGUCAGAAUUCUGCACACAGGAGCUGAUCCGAACAGAGUCAUUAAACAGUUUCAAUGAUCCCUUGACCGAUGCAUCCAAACUCAAGGCCUCAGGAUCCCGUGUCCAGUCGCCUCGCUCACCAAGAAAUUCAGCCAGGAGGGGAAGCACCGAAUCUCUACCAUCAGAUGCUACCGUUGUCCUCACAGCCGACCUCGUAGCACCUGUUCUGAACUUCUUCAAGGACCUCUCAGCACAGAUUGAGAUCAAGAACUGGUUGGCUUCACCAGAGGGUGUGGUCUUCUGGGCACCCCUACUAGCCCUGCUCUGCACCAGUAACACGGUGACACUUCUUAGCUCAAUGCCCAACUUCAAUGGGGUACCUCGUCGUUCACAUCUCCUGAGUGCAUCGCAAAGAGCAUCCUUGGAGAACGCCAGCAUUGCAUUCUUCUCCCGCUGCACCCUCUGCCAUCCUGGCAACCAGAAGCUCCUGGCACAAGUUAUCUGCGAUGUCAUCUGUACCCAGGAUCUUCAGACUGGGUCACCGUUCGUCAUUUCAGGGUUCAUGCGUCGUCUCAUACUUCAGCUGAUGCUGGAGGAUGAGAGUGUGUCUGUAGCGGUCAGCUCUGUGUGCCAACUGGUCAAAGGUCCUCAGUCUUGGACUGGACGUAUCAUUCAUCCAAGUCUUGGUCUAGGUCACAAGAACAUCUUGGUGGAGACCAAGCUUACAACCACCUGUACCCAGCUGAUUACAUAUCUAACAGAUACCCUUGGGCUGAAGAACCUCCCUGGAGAUAAGAAGACAAAGCCUAGCACCGACUCAAGCAAGACGGACAAACAAUCCUUUGUGAUGGUUAACCUCUCCCCUGACAAACUAGAUGUCACUGAAACAGAGAUUAAUGGAAAUAUCGGAAACUCUAUUGUGCCUCCAUCCACUACUGCGUCUACUGCUGGAUCUUCCACAUCAGGAGGAGCCACAGGUGGAGCAGCAAGUGGAGCUACAGCAUCAACCACAGCAGGAGCAUCAGCAGGAGCAUCAGCAUCUGCCUCCUCCUCCUCUGCUUCCACCUCUGCCUCCUCUUCAACCAAGCAGCCUGAGAAGUUCCUCCUGUAUCCAGGAGCUACCAACUUCCCUGCAUCCAUGGUGCCUACUCUCCCCCCAGAGCUCCUGCCCAAGUCCAUGGAUCGAUGGGCUCCUUUCUUCAACACCUUCUCUAACCCUGCAGCCUCCAUGACAGGAGCAGGUGCUACAUCCUUCAACAUGCCGGGACUGGUUCUGUCUCAUGACCGUCUUGGUAGCCAGAAUUUCCCGGGACGCAUGACCAUUGGGCAAGCUAUCACUGUCCUGCAAAGGCGUGGACUGCCCGAUGGAUACCCUACCCUAGAGAUGAAUAUCAGGAUGAGUACUUCACUACUCGGUGCAUCAAAGACAGAUAGCUCCAAGACGCAAGAAGCACAAGAAGGUCGCAAUGAGUCAAGUACCUCAGCCAGCUCCAAUGAUGCUGAUCAACACAUCCCUGAAGAUGUCCUCCUGGACACUCCUCCAAUAUCAUCCUUCCUUGAGGUGUUUGCCCAUCUAGGUGGGUUAGCUCUCAUUGCUGAGCACCUCCCCCAGCUUUACCAGGACUCUCCCCUGGCUCAACAGCAGCAGCAGCAGCAGGUGAAGCAAGGUGCACAGACAAGUGCUGGAGGAAGCUCUGUUGAUAAGAUGACAGCAAGUGGAGGAGGGGCUUCUGCAGCAAUGCAUUCUAGCUGGUGGAAGUACAGUUCAGAUCUAGGAAUGAAGGAUCUAGGAGAGUUUGAUGACUAUGAGGUUCUGAUGGAAGGUCCUCAUAGCACGACUAUUUCAUCGGUUGGUGGCGGCAGCACACUCGCCAGCACACUGACCACUACCUCCAAUGUACCAUCCUAUCCUUCCUAUGGCAUAGGAAGCACUGCUGCCCAGCUUCAAGCCACCUCCUUCUCCAACAUUGUUCCUUUACACACCAUACCAAUGACCACCUCCUCCUCAUCGUCAUCCUCAUCGUCCUGCCCUCCUCAGGGCUCGACGACGGGUCAGUCCAUGGGUAGCUGUACGGCAGCCAUCCCUCCUCACUCCCUGGCAGCAUUUGGGUUGUUCCUCAGGCUACCUGGGUAUGCAGAGGUCUUGCUCAAGGAGCAGAAGAAGGCACAGUUUCUGCUGAGAUUGAUGCUUGGUGUCACAGAUGAUGGCGAUGGAGGUCAGAUUUUGUCAUCCCCUCUUGCCACAUCCCUACCAACGCUUCCAUUCACCGUCCUGGUCACCCUCUUUGACUCCACACCCCUGACCACCGAUGACGGGGUAUUGCUACGACGUAUGACACUUGAGAUUGGUGCUGUUCACCUUGUACUGGCUUGUCUCUCAGUACUCAGUCAUCAUGGUCCUAGAGGAUCUUCACAGCCUGCUACAGGAGAGGGAGGUCCUGCACCUCCAAAUGGUAGCCAAGUUGGUGGAGUCAACGACAAGAAUCAGAACUUCUGGGCCAAGGGAACAGGUUUUGGGACAGGUUCUACCACGUCAGGUUGGAAUGUGGAGGAGGCCCUCGUUAGACAGAAAGCAGAAGAGGAGCAUGUGACCUGUCUUCUCAAGGUUCUAUCAAGCUACAUCAAUCCAGUGAACAGUACAACAUCAUCAUCAGGAAGUAUUGAUGAGAUGAGUGGUGAUCUAAACCAUGAUCAGUUGACCACCAUCUUCCCAUCGGUAUUCAUUGAGUUACUCACCCAAUCCUGCCUCAUACCUGCAAUCUCAUCAUACCUCAGGAAUGACUCAGUUCUUGACAUGUCUCGUCAUGUGCCGUUGUACUGUGCUGUCCUGGAGAUCCUACGUGCCUUGGCUCUGUGUCCUCUCUUAGUGCACUUACUCCUUCCUCAGGGAGACAAUGGAGAUAAGUCUGUCAUCAAGCUUCUAGAGAACAUGAAGGGAUGUGUAGAUACAUACACCUCCAAGCUCAAACUUGUAAAGCCAAGCAAGAAGUCAAGCUCGAGGCACAGUUCCACCAAAGAAACCUCCACAAUAUCAAAGGAAGAAGAAGCAGAGGCAGAAGGGCUAACCCAGCUGGUUCCCGAGAUACAGAGGACAGUUGAGAUGGUCAAGAAACUCACCAGCAAGAUACUAGCACAGAGACAGGGUGAGCUGAAUGAUCUUGGAGGUGCUGGUGCAUCUGCAAGUGGAUUAUCCAAUUCUAAUGGAUCUAAGAACCAAUCUGCUGAUCAGAGAUAUAUCGCUGUCAUGACUGAUCUACAGUUUGACACUUUCCAAAUGGUGACGGAAGACUGUAAGGGUAAGAUCCAGUUUGCUGUCCCACAUCACUACGCAUCCAAUGCCAAGUCAGUUGGGAAUGUAACCAAUGCAGCAAGGGCAAGGAGAUUAGCUCAAGAGGCAGUAACACUCUCAACAUCCCUGCCUCUAUCUGCUUCAUCCAGUGUCUUUGUUCGAUGUGAUGAGGAUAGACUGGAUGUGAUGAAGGUUCUCAUUACUGGUCCUUCUGAGACACCAUACUCCAAUGGAUGCUUUGAGUUUGAUAUCUAUUUCCCUGCUGAUUACCCUAACUCACCCAUGCUUGUCAACCUAGAGACUACAGGACAACACUCAGUACGCUUCAAUCCAAACCUCUACAAUGAUGGCAAGGUAUGUUUAAGUGUUCUCAAUACAUGGCAUGGUAGACCAGAAGAGAAAUGGAACUCACAGACAUCCAGCUUUCUACAGGUUUUGGUCUCCAUCCAAUCCCUCAUCCUUGUUUCUGAACCGUACUUCAACGAGCCAGGUUACGAGAGAUCCCGGGGCACCCAGGCUGGUACCUGGAGCUCAAGGGAAUAUGAUGCUAACAUCAUGCAAGCUACUGUUGAGUGGGGCAUGCUAGACAUGGUUAGGAACCCACCACCAGUCUUCAAAGAUGUUGUCCAAGCACAUUUCUACCUGAAGAGAGCGGAAGUGAUGGCACAGUGUGAGGAAUGGAUUGCAUUGGUUGGUCAGUACUGCAACGAUAAGAGGGUCGGUAGGAGUAUGCUACAUCACUGGAAGAAUCUCAAGAAACAUACAGCCAAGCUAAGAGAAGAACUCAACAAGCUCCAACCCCCAGAAUUCCUUAAGGAACAACUAGAGAGCGAGAGCGAGCCCUUACCUCCUCUCUCAUCGGAGGCUACCAACGAUGUCAGUUGUGCCUCGGUCUCUGAAGAUGCAGAUAAGAGCAGUGAGAACGAUGCAGAACACAGUGGAUCAUCGUCAUCAUCGCAGGAAAUCACAACAGCAGAGACGUCGACAGCGGACAGUCAGAUAACCGAACCAACGUAUAUGUUUGGUAUGUCUCUUGAAGAAGCCGUUGUCUAUGACCCUGUCCUGUUUGAAUGAAGGGAGUCUGAAGGAUACAAGGGAAGCUUUUCAUGAAACAAAAAGGUGGUGGUUUUCACUGAAUGAUGUUAUAAGCUACUGUAAAUCCUUGCAUCUGAUUGGCUGAGAGCAAAUUAAUCUGUGAAAAAACUUUCAUCAAAUGCUUUCCCAGGAUUAUCAGUAAUUUGCUUAGUUAAAUCUUCAUGUAAUUAUUCACAUCUUCACCAAACCCACUAAAAUGCAGUCAUGGAAAUUGUGACACAAAACUUAGAAUUCAAAGGUGUAUUAUUUCAUUGAUAAGUCAUUAUGGAAUUACUGAGAAUUUAUACAGUGAUAAUUUUAGUCUUUGAUAUAUGCUAAUGUUACAUUUGUUAUUUUGGAGGUCAUGAGAAACAUGAGUGCCCAUAGUGUCCCAGAAAAAACAUUGGAUUGUAAGCACUUAAUUUGUAUAUGAUGUUGAUGAUGAUGGUCAUAUGUGCGAUAUGUGUGGAAUUCAUCUAUUAGUUUCCUUAUAAUGUGCAAGCAAGUGGAUGGAUUGUUCCUAUUUAAGUAUUAUCACAGUAAAAUUCCUCCCAGUUAUACUUAUUAAUACUGUUAUUACCCGUCCCAUGAAAAAUUAUCCUAGAAUUUAAUGAUAGUGUUAGAUUGAGUUACUUAAUGUCCAUAUAUAUUAUUACUAGUCUUGACGUUCAGAGUAUGUAAAAUUAUAUUUUGUCUGAAACAAUGCCACAGUAAGUUGAUUCAGGUUCUCUAGAUUGGUUUCUAUAGGUUGGUUAUUACUUUGUGAAGAUAUGACUUGUUGGUGUAUCUGUCUUUCACUACUACUAUUUACUAUUGUUUUUAAAAGUAUGCAAAAAAUGGUGAUAUAUAGAUUUUGUGUAUAAAUAAGAUUCAUCCUAGUUCCUGCUUUAGUUUAAAUUCAUUGCGUUGUUCAUAUAAAAAUGACUUAUAAUAAAUCACACAGCUGCUUUAUCUUAACUAUUUUGUCUAUCUGUUUUAACAUAUGUAGUCCUUGUCAUAUGAAAAAAAAUAUAUAUUGUGAUAUUAAAACUGGCACUCUAGUUUAAAAGUAAACAGACAAAAUAAUUGUGCAAAGUAACACAUGCUGUACUCGUUUGUUUUGUUUUUGUUGAUAUUGAAAAGCAAGUCUUUAUGUCAAAGCUUAGAAAAAUAUAGCUCAAUAUUUUUUUUUACUAUCUCUAUAGAUAUAAUGUUAUUUUGUGUUAUCUCACCAGGAACUUACGUUGAAAAGACAUUUAGUUUGCAGCACAAGUUUUACUUCAGAGUUAUGUAAAUCAAGUUUUGUGCAUGGUUUAAUGUUCCCUGAUUUUAGUUUAUAUCGAUGUAUUUUUUUUGCGUUUCCUUUUAAAGCUAUUCUUUGUGUAAAAAAAAUUACCAUCUCUAGUGAAUGAGGACAUGCAAUGACAGAUAUUUUACUUCAUUUUAUAAUUGCUUUUUAUUUUGAUUUCCAGUGUGAGUGACAUCUUCCAAAAUUUGUCAUAUUCUUAGGAAGUUAUUUUAUGAACAUGAAUUGAUUUAUUUCAAGUUUUAGACUGUUUUAGCAGCUGCAGUGUACAGAAACCAUGAUUCAUGUUGAUCAAUGACCAUUGUUACCAUUCAUUUGUGUGAUGAUAAGUCGUGAAUAUUUAUGAAAAUGAUUUACCAUAAAAGGAAAAAACAAAAAGUGCAGUACUCAGUUAGCAUAUCAUUUGCAUACCAUCGCCUUGUAUAUAAAUGGGCCUGACUUUCAUUCUUCAGAAAUGACUGUAAAUACACAAAUGUGACUCGUAUUUUGAUUUUUCCCUUUUUUUUCCAUUUGAUUUCUCCCUAUUCAUUUGGCAAUGAAAGUACAGAAAAGCUUUACAUUAAACGGAAUAAAAAGCUGUCUUUUGAUAAGUUAACAAGCAUCAUAAUUGUGUUUUACAUGUGUAGGACAGUGACACUUCUUUUCUUACGAUGCAUUUGUUUAAGUUUUUCUUUGUCAUUACCAUGAAUGAUUUAUAAAAUAUGAUUACAACUAGUCAGCAAUGUCGCCACGACGGUGGUCGAAAUUGUUGAAAUCUUCCACCACUCAAAAUUUCUGAUCGACACUUUUUACAAUAUCACACCCGCCUACCCGGCACCAAUUUCCCUACUUAAAAUGAGUAAAUGAUAUUUUCAUUGUCCUGGGAACAGAGUAGUAUCCAUCCCCUAUAUCCCUGGUGGCACGGCGGUGUUGGGCGGUAAGAUGUCCACUCGUAAAAAUUCCUUGGUGACAAACCUGCUAGUCAAUAAAUAUCAGCCAUUGAAUUCAGUUGCAAUAUUCAGAUCAUUAUUUGAAGAAUAUUCUCCGAAAAUUUAUAAAUAUAUAAGGAAAUACAUGUAGAAUGUGUCAUGAUUAUGCACUAAAGAGGGGGAUAAUAUAAAAAUAAAUGAAAGAUGGUUUAUGUGAACAAUUUCGAUGUGAAAUAUUGGCUGUUUUGUAUUGAAUAUUUAUUUUUAUUUGUUCUGUUAUAUUUUCAAUAUGUUAUAGUGAUAGAUGGAGAAUGAAAUUGAUAAAUAGAGCUAUGUAUAAAUUUAAACAUAGAUGUUAAGCAUCUUAACAGCUAUUAUGGAAGUCAAAACCAGCAUUGAAUUCAUUGUUUGGAUUUUGAGAUUGCAAAGGAGGCACUUAAUUUUUGUCAGUUUGACUGCAAUAUUUAGGCAGAUUAAGUCAAGUUUGGCAAGUUGUGGUUUUGUCAUGUGUUUUAAUAAGGCACAAAUUCAUUGCCAUAUGAAACAUUAAUGGGGGACAAAUGAAUUAUGAUUAGAUACAUUGUCAUGUACUUCAGAUGAUAAAUACUAAAUUGUGGAUAUUCUUUGUAAAAAAGUGAUAUAGAAUUUGACUGAAUUGUAUAGACUUAAGUUCUUUUGUAUGAUUCUAAUUUAUAAAGAGGUCUAAAGAAAACAUAUUUACAGCCAUAUAUACAUCUUUCAAGAUAUUUUUGACUCGCAUCUUGAUGUUAAGAUGUGGAUACUUUAUAAUGCUCUUUGUUUAUCCAAGCCUUUUAGCAGAAGUAGCAUGGGUGACUGGAUAAAUCCUUUACAACUUUUGUUUAGUUACUAUCGAAGUGUUCUCACAAAUGUUCUUAAUAUCAUCAAAACCUUUUGGAUGUAAAACUUGCAUGCUUUUUGCUUUCAUUGUUCCAAUAGUUAUAUCAUUUGUAUUUAGUUCAUGAUAUGCCAAAGCUAAAGUGAAAGAUACAUAUAGAAAAGUAUUGACCUACUUUAUGCUUUUAAUUGAGAGAGUAGAAUCUGUUAAGAGCAUGUCUUAUCAAUUAUGCAAAAAUAGUUUAUUCUGUCUAACAUUGCUAAAUAUGUCCUUUUUAUGAAUAUAUGCUGUAGAUAAUCUUGUGUAUGUAUUGUGGAAUCUUAUUUAAGAAAUGUUAUAUGGCAUAUCACAUAAAUACGAUUCAAUUCCUGUGAAUCAUAUGUCAACAUGAGAAAGAUAUUACUAUAACUUGUGCAGGAAUGUAUGUAGAAUGUUGUAGUGUAUAUCGAAGAAUGUGUGAAAUAUGUGAAGAUGGAUCGGGUUUAGGAUCCAAAUUAUAUCUUUUUCCUUUCUCGUCACGUGAGAAUGAAAUAUGUAUACUUAUUAACUGUUAUGUACAGGCAGAUAAAUACAAAAUUAAAAAGAAAUUCUUAAGACAUGCAA